UAUUUCAUUGUCCUCAAGACUUGAGUAUUCUUCAAGAAAGCAUAGCUAUACACGUCGAUCACAGCAGGUUCUUAGUAUCGUUCUUGGCUACAGGUCUUUUUCUUGUCAUCCACUUCCACCCUUGAAGUCGCCCGUAUACAAAAUCACUACCCUCUUCGGGGCUUCUAUUUCAACCACUUACAAUGGCCUCUCCAGCAAAGGUCAUCCCCUUUUCAGAACCCCCGUGGCUCGCCGGCCUCCCGUCACCAUAUUUCAACGAAUCCCACCGCAAAUGGCAAAAGGUCUGCCGCGAAUUCAUCGGCAAGAACCUGCAUGAGAAUGCGCUUCAAUGGGAAGACGAAGGCGAAGUCCCUCCGGAAGUGUUCCAGAAGUUCACCGAGGCUAACAUGCUCAUUCCCAACCUCCCGGCCCCGCUCCCCGUCGAGGCGUUGAACCGACUCGGCAUCUACGAGCUGCCCGGCGGAUUGCGGUUGGAGGACUUUGAUUACCUGCACUUUUACGUGUAUGUAAACGAGAUCCGGAGAGCGGGGCUGGCGGGGCCGCCGAACUCGGUGAUCGCGGGUAUGGCGUACGGCGUGCCUCCGAUCCUCAAAUACGGGAGCAAGGAGUUGCAGGAUCGGUUCCUGCCGGACCUGAUGCGGGGAGGGAAGCGGAUUUGCAUUGCGAUCACGGAGCCGGGUGCGGGUAGUGAUGUCGCUAAUAUACAAACUACUGCCAAGAAGUCACCGUGUGGCAAGUACUAUAUCGUGAAUGGCUCGAAGAAAUGGAUUACCAACGGCGUCUGGUCACAAUACGCCUCCAUGGCCGUCCGAACCGGCGGUCCUGGCCGCACCGGCCUCUCCCUCCUCGUCGUCCCUCUCCUUGGCCACGAAGGCGUGUCCAUGCGUCGCCUCAAAAACAGCGGCGCCGCCACCUCCGGCACGACCUUCAUCGAGCUCGACGACGUCAAAGUGCCCGUGGAGAACCUCAUCGGCGAAGAAGGCCAAGGCAUGAAGAUGAUCAUGACGAACUUCAACCACGAGCGGCUGAAUAUCGCGAUCGGGGUAACGCGGUCGGCGCGCGUGGCGCUGUCGUCGGCGUUCGAGUACGUGAUGAAGCGUGAGGCGUUUGGGAAGGCGCUGAUCGAGCAGCCGGUGGUGCGGCAUCGGUUGGCGAAGGCCGGGGCGGAGUUGGAGAGCUUGUCGGCGUGGGUGGAGCAGUUCGUGUAUAUGAUGACGAAGUUGAAGAAGGAGGAUGCAGAUCGGGAGUUGGGAGGGUUGACGGCGUUGGCGAAGGCGAAGGCGGGGAUGGUGCUGGAUGAAUGCGUGAGGACGGCGGUGUUGUUGUUUGGGGGGAAUGGAUAUACCCGGAGUGGACAGGGAGAGGUCGUUGAGAAGCUGUACCGUGAGAUCCCAGGUGCUCGGAUACCGGGUGGUAGCGAGGAUGUGCUCCUGGAUUUGUCAAUCAGGGAGUUGGUGAAACACUUUAGGGCUCAGAGUGCGGCGCUUGAUAAGCCUAGCAAGUUAUAGACGGAUUUAGGGUUAUCUGAUUGCAAUUUGACUCGAUAUGUAACAUUUCAUGGACAUCGAGUAUUAGAGCAAUGUUCCACGUCCCAGGAUUUAGCAUGACAAUUCAGCGAAACAGAUCUCCUUCUAACCUGGUGGAUCCGUAGACCGAACUAAUGUCGAGCUCUGUUAAUACAACACACUGAGAUAUGUACAGAUUUUGUACCAUCCUGUCUCAGCUACCUGCUUCAAUCUCUUGCUCUUUGAAGAUGCAUGAUGGUCGACAGCUGUUGAUUUCUCCCCCCUUGGUCGAUGGUCUGGGAAACAAAACCAUUACAUGCCAGUGGACGACUGGCUUAUUUUGCUUCCUCUGGAUGCUCUUUCUCGUAAAUCCAAUCGUUCAAGCCUUCCCUAUUCCUGU